AUGUUAUGUCAAAAGUGUGAUUUAAAUUGUUCUUCGUGUGUAGUGAACAGUUCUACAUGCACAUCAUGUAUAGAGGGUCAUUACUUAACAACAUCUCAUCAAUGUGACUCCAAUGACAAUUUAGCUAAAAAGUGUCAAAAGCUUUCCACAGUAAGUCAAGGGUGUUACCAGUGUUUAGACGGAUUUUAUCGUGUUGGGCUUGACUGUGAUGAAUGUGAUGAAUCGUGUGCAACAUGUCAAAAAUCUGGGUCAUGUAUUACAUGUCAAGACACUUAUUUCAUGACAAAUGAGAAUAAGUGUGAGCCACAAAACAUAAUAGUUGGGUGUGCUGUGAAUAUCACAUCUACACUUGGAUGCACAUCUUGUUCUCCUGGAUAUUACACAUUCAAAACAAAUCAAUGUGCAAAGUGUGAUUCAACGUGUAAAACAUGUGACAUGGAAACGAAGUGUACUUCAUGUGAUGAUGACUUUGUUCUGUCAAAUGAAGUGUGUUUGUCGUUGGAUUCGAUACCACACUGUGUUGCAAUUAAACACUCAAAAUGUUCAAAAUGCAAAUUUUGGUAUUCUCCUGAUGAAAAAGGAACAUUUUGUCAAAAGGAAGUGGUCUGGUGGGUUGUUUUGUUGCUUGUUCUCUUUGUUUUCUUUUGUAUCUCAAUUUUGAGUGUUUUGGUCUUCUUCGCCACCAAAUUUGUAUUCGCACAGGUCCACAAAAAUGCUAUUAAAAGGACUACCACUCUAUUCAAUAUGUCUAAAACUAAUAUCAAAUUCACUGAAUUACUCGGAGGAAUUGUUGUGAAUAGAAGGUCUUUGGACUUCAACGAAGAACUUUCUGAGAUCCAAGUUGGUCUUCCGUCACGUCAAUUGUUCUGUGUAGGAAGCACAAAGUACAAAUUAGUCAAAUUACAAAUAUCGACCAACACAAGCGAAGAGAGUUACAGUCUUCAAGUGACUCCGCAGAUUGUCAUGUUACACAAACAAAAAGCGUGUGAAUUUGAAAUCAUUUUAACGCCAAAUUACACGAGUCACAUUACAAGCGAAUUCGUUUUAAUCGCAAAACCUUUGAAUAACAAGCCAGAAAUUUUGAAUGUCAUCAAGUUAACAGCAAACACUGAAAUCUCCUCUAAACUUGAUCCAAAAGAACUCCGAGAGACUAAAAAGCUUGGCGAAGGGAGUUUUGGUGUAGUGUAUAAAGGGACAUAUCGUGAGCAUGACGUUGCCAUUAAAAAAAUGAAAGAAGUUGGGCAGACCAAAUCUUCUCUUAAAGAGUUUGAGAAUGAAGUUUCGAUGCUUGAAAAGUUUCGAAGUGAAUUUAUUGUGUAUUUCUAUGGCGCUGUAUUUAUCCCAAAUAAGAUCUGUAUGGUCACUGAAUUUGCUCAAUUUGGGUCGUUAAAUGAUGUUAUAAAUAGAAAGGGGGUAGCGCCAUUCUCAAUGAAAGUACGACGGAAAGUUUGUUUGGACGCUUCCAAAGGAAUUUUGUAUUUACAUGAAAAUGGGAUAUUACACAGAGACAUUAAACCAGACAACAUUUUAGUGUUUUCCAAUGAAGAAAACGUCAGCAUUAAUGCAAAACUCACUGAUUUUGGAUCAUCAAGAAAUGUGAAUUUACUGAUGACAAACAUGACAUUCACUAAAGGUGUAGGAACACCAAUGUAUAUGGCUCCUGAGGUCUUAAAUAAGCGUAAAUACAAAAAGCCAAGUGACAUCUUUUCCUUUUCAAUCACAAUGUACGAGUGUUUAGCGUGGGAUGAGGCCUAUCCAAAGAACAAAUUCAAAUUUCCUUGGGAAAUAGUGAAUUUUGUUGUUGCGGAGAAGCGUCUCGAGAAGCCAAAGGAUGUUUCACAAGACGAUUUUUAUCUCAUUCAACAGUGUUGGAAAUCACGACCGGAUGAGCGCUACCAAAUUGAUCAAGUUGUUCAGAGUCUUCAAACCCGACUUAAUUGA